AUGUCUGGUCAACAGAUUAAUCUAACUCAAUUACUUGAUACAUUUCAAUUGUUUGAUAAAAACAAAGAUGGAUCGAUUAGUAUGAAUGAACUUCGAUCGGCAUGUCAAAAAUUACAUAUGCCAAUUGAGGAAAAAAAAUUAAGAGAUUUAUUUCAAUUUCGUAACAAUAUUUCAUUUGAUGAAUUCUGUCGUAUUAUACAUGAUUUUGGUCAUUAUUCCCCGGAUGCCUAUUUUCAAGAAACAUUUCGUGCAUUUGAUAAAAAUUCAGAUGGUUUUAUCAGUGCAAAAGAAAUUAAAAAAACAAUGAAAGAACUUGGUGAAACAUUAACUGAUAAACAAGUUAAAGAUAUGAUUAAAAUAGCUGAUUCAAAUGGUGAUGGAAAAUUAUCAAUAGAUGAAUUUCGUAUUUUAUUUAAUUAUUUAACACAAUUUACAACAACAUCACCAUCAAUCACAAUUAAUUCAUUACAACCAGAACAAAUAUAA